UAAAUUAUUAUAUAUAGGGCCAAAAUUAAAAGUUGAAAUAGAAGAUGGUCUCAAAGCGCCCUAUAUAAAGCCUAUAGUUUCUUAAAAGCCAAGAAAUGUCAAGGUUUUAUUUGUGAGAAGAAUGUUGUGUGAACUGAGUGAAGGAUCGUUUGUUCAAACCUGGUUUCGAUUAUCCUGUCUCGAAACCCUGUUUUUAUUCAUCACAUCAGCUCCUGUAUUCUACUACUAUUAUGCCAGAUCCAAUGUUACAUACGAGAAAUGGAUUUACAAAUCUAAUCCAAAAUUUCCGUCACCACAAAAGGUGAGGGAUGAGAUAGUUCAGAUGAUCAAGGGAAUGCUUUGUGCCACAGUCUGCCCGGCACUCUCCUUAACCCUCGCUCAGUAUGGUGUGGGAAAUGCAUUUUGUGGUUGGGGAGAUAGGCCAGUUUCCUACCAUAUUGGAGUGAUGUUGUUCAGCUGGAUCCUUUCGGAUUUCUUUGAAUUCUUUUAUCAUAGAUUGGGACACGUGGAUCUGAAAUUCUGGACCCACCAUAAGCAUCAUCAUGUUUUCCAUAAUCCGUCUCCCUUCAGUGUUAUUGCCGAUGAACCCAUAGAUCAGUUUUUCCGAUCUUCUCCUCUUCUUGUUCUUCCUCUUCUUAUCCCGAUCAACAUGGAUCUUCUCUUUCUUCAGUUCGGUCUCUUCUUCUAUACGUAUGGAGUUUAUCUACACUCUGGUUAUGAGCACAGCUUCAUAUCUCCUCACAAUAAGAUCAUUAAUACUAGCUUUCAACAUUAUGCUCAUCAUGCCAGGAGUUCAAUGAAUACCCCCUACCAUUGCGGAUUCUUUCUAAAGAUCUGGGAUCAGCUGUUUAGCUCCUGCUACCCGGAGGAUAAAGAAUGUUUCUGUGCUGAGUGUGGAAGGGGUCGUGGGGAGAGGACGAUUGAUGAAUUUAACAAGAUAGAUGUCCCAGACUAUUCGGUUCUCCUCAGGCCUUCCUAUUGGAUGACUUGGAAGACAUUCAAGAUCGAGGCCAGGGAUUGAAAAUGAUGAAGCAAAAAAUGUAAAUUUUCAAGUUGGUUUAAAAUAUCUAGAAUAAAAAUAUUUUGAAUUA